CCUAUAUUUGCCCUGUAAAAAGUAAAAUCACAAAAAUACUGAACUAGACCAAAGUCGUACAAGAACGCACAUACUGGAGAUAAACGUUAUCAAUAAGAUGUUAGAGGGAGGAGAAGAUUUAGUCACACUCACUGGUACUCUACAGAGACACAUAAACACGCAGGCUGGUAAAACACGUCAUAAAUGUGAUGUUUGUGCCAGAGAAUUUAGUGACUUCAAGAAACACAUGAGAACACAUACUGGCGAAAAACUUCAUACAUGUGAUGUAUGUGGUAAAGUGUUUAGUCAGCAUGGUAGUUUACAAAUUCACAUGAGAACACAUACUGGAAAUAAACCUCAUGACUGUGAAGUAUGUGGUAAAAGGUUUAGUCAGCUUGGUAAUUUACAGAGUCACAUGAGAAUACAUACAGGUGAUAAACCUCAUGACUGUGAUGUAUGUGGUAAACGGUUUAGUCGGCUCUUUAUAUUACAAAUUCACAUGAGCACACAUACAGGUGAUAAACCGCAUAUCUGUGAUGUAUGUGGUAAACGGUUUAGUCAGCAUGGUAGUUUACAAAUUCACAUGAGAACACAUAAUGGAAAUAAACCUCACGACUGUGAAGUAUGUGGUAAACGGUUUAGUGAGCAAGGUACUUUACAGAGACACGCGAGAAUACAUACAGGUUAUAAACCUCAUGACUGUGAUGUAUGUGGGAAAGGUUUUAGUGAUCUUAGUAGUUUCAAGAGACAUAUGAAAACACAUACAGGUGAUAAACCUCAUGACUGUGGUGUAUGUGGUAAACGGUUUAUUCAGCAUAGCAGUUUACAGACACACAUGAAAACACAUACAGGUGAUAAACCUCAUGACUGUGGUGUAUGUGGUAAACGGUUUAUUCAGCAUAGCAGUUUACAGACACACAUGAAAACACAUACAGGUGAUAAACAUUAUGACUGUGGUGUAUGUGGUAAACGGUUUAGUAAGCAUAGUAGUUUACAGACACACAUGAGAACACAUACAGGUGAUAAACCUUAUAACUGUGGUGUAUGUGGUAGACGGUUUAGUCAGCUUGGUAGUUUACAAAUUCACAUGAGAACACAUACAGGUGAUAAACCUUAUGACUGUGAUGUUUGUGGGAAAGGGUUCAGACGACGUUGUGAUUUACAGAGACACACGAGAACACAUACAGGUUAUAAACCUCAUGAAUGUGAUGUUUGUGGGAAAGGGUUUAGUGAUCUUAGUAAUUUCAAGAAACAUAUGAAAAUACAUACAGGUAAAACAUGUAAACCCAACAUUUGAGAUGGCAAAGGGUUGAGUCAGUUUAAUAGUUUAAAGUGAAGUAUGAGCAUACAUACCAUGGAAUUUACUUUAUGACAGUGGUGUAUAUGGUCAGCAUUGUAAACACAUAUUGUCAUAAGAACAUAUAUAUAUUCACUCUAUGUAGUAUUUGUAUUUGUAUCCAUCUGAUGAGUUAAGCCUUUUUCUACUGAUUUUUAUAGUUCGUUCGUUUGUUGAACUGUUGCACCACUGUCCCAUGUUAGGGGAGGGUGGGAUACCGCUACAAUGUUUAACCCCGCCACAUUCUGUAUGUAUGGGUCUGUCCCAGGUCAGGAGCCUGUAAUUCAGUGGUUGACGUUUGUUUUUCGUUCAUUUUUAGCUCACCUGGCCCAAAGGGCCAAGCGAGCUUAAAAUUCUCGAUCACUUGGCGUCCGUCGUCGUCUGUUAACUUUUACAAAAAUCUUCUCUGAAACUACUGGGCCAAAAUCAAGCAAACUUGGCCACAAUCAUCAUUGGGGUAUCUAGUUUAAAAAAUGUGUUCGAUGACCCGGCCCGCUUACCAAGAUGGCCGCAAUGGCUCAAAAUAGAACAUAAUGGUAAAAUGUAGAUUUUGGCAUAUAUCUCAAAAACUAAAGCAUUUAGAGCAAAUCUGACAUGGGUAAAAUUGUUCAUCAGGUCAAGAUCUAUCUGCCCUGAAAUUUUCAGACGUAUCAGACAACCCGUUGUUGGGUUGCUGCCCCUGAAUUGGUAAUUUUAAGGAAAUUUUUCAGUUUUUGGUUAUUAUCUUGAAAAUUAUUAUAGAUAGAGGUAAACUGUAAACAUAAAUAAUGUUCAGCAAAGUAAUAUCUACAAAUAAGUCGAAAAUGACCAAAAUGGUCAAUUGACCCCUUAAGGAGUUAUUGCCCUUUAAAAACAAUUUUUGUCUCGCUUGACGGAGUCAAAAAGUGAGACAUAGGUAUGCUGUUUCCGGCGUCGGCGGCGACGGCAGCGGCGACGGAGUCAACAAUGUAUUAGUUUGUGAUUAGGUCUAGUUUAUGGUGAACCACUAGUGGUUAGUCAAAGAUAAUUGGUAUGCAGUUGUAUUAGCAUUGGCACAUCUCAUUACCAUGGAGAUUAUUUGGCCCCGCCCCCUCAGUCAUGGUCUAUUGACUUUGAAACUUUUGCUUAGUUAUCAUGUAUUAGUUUGUGAUUAGGUCAGUUUAUGGGGAACCACUAGUGGUAAGUUAAUGAUAAUUUGUAUGCAGUUGUAUAAGCAUUGGCAUAUCUCAUUUCCAUGGAGAAUAUUUGGCCCCGUCCCCUCAGUCAUGGUCUAUUGACUUUGAAAUUUUUGCUUAUUUUUCAUGUAUUAGUUUGUGAUUAUGUCAGUUUAUGGGGAACCGCUAGUGGUAAGUUAAUGAUAAUUGGUAUGCAGUUGUAUAAGCGUUGGCAUAUCUCAUUUCAUGGAGAUUAUUUGGCCCCGGCCCUCAGUCAUGGUCUAUUGACUUGAAAUUUUUGCUUAGUUUUCAUGUAUUAGUUUGUGAUUAGGUCAGUUUAUGGGAAACCACUAGUGGUAGGUUAAUGAUAUUUGGUAUGCAGUUGAAUAAGCAUUGGCAUAUCUCAUAACCAUGGAGACUAUUUGACCACGCCCCCUCAGUUAUGGUUUAUUUAUUUUGAAAUUUUGUUUAGUUUACAUGUAUUAAUUCGUGUUUAGGUCUGUUUAAAGGGAACUACUUAUGAUAAGUCAAUGGUAUUUGGUAUACACUUGUAUUAGCAUUGGCACAUCUCAUUUCCAUGGAGUUUGUUUAGCCAUGUACUUUCAGUCAUGGUUCAUUGACUUUGAAUAUUUGCAAAACUUACAUGUUAAAGUGUUGCUAUUUUAAUUUCAACAUUUGCAUUAUCGAAAUUACAAAAAAGCGAGACAUAUCUCUGUGAUAACAGUUUAUUUACAAAUUUUCGUAAAUUUUUGUAAUCUUACAAAAAUCUUCUUCUCUGAAACUACUGAGACAAAAAUAAUCAAACUUAGUCACAAUCAUCACUAGGGUAUCUAGUUUAAAAAAUGUGUCUGAUGAUCCCGCCUGCCAACCAACAUAGCAGACAUGGCUAAAAAGGGAACAUAGGGGUAAAAUGCAGUUUUUGGCUUAUAUCUCUGAAACGAAAGCAUUUAGAGCAAAUUGGACAAAGGAAAAAUGUUCAUGAGGUGGACAUCUAUCUGUCCUGAAAUUUUCAGAUGAAUCAAACAACCAGUUGUUGGGUUGCUGUCCCUGAAUUGGUAAUUUGAAGGAAAUUUUGCAGUUUUUGGUUAUUACCUUGAAUAUUAUAAUAGAUAUAAAUAAACUGUAAACAGCAAUAAUGUUCAGCAAAGUAAGAUCUACAAAUAGGUCAACAUGACCAAAAUGGUCAAUUGACCCCAUAAGGAGAUAUUGCCCUUUAAAGUAAAAUUUUAACAAUUUUUUCAGAAAUUUUGUAAUCUUUUACAAAAGAUUUCUAAAACUAAAUCAAUAUUAUAACGGUUGCAUUUUUCAUGUAUCAAUUGUACAUAAAAAUAUCAGGUGAACGAAACAGGCUCCUUGGAGACUCUAGUUUGUACAUAAGAUAGGCCGUUAGUUUUCUCGUUUGAAUUGUUUUACAUUGUCAUUUCGGGGCCUUUUUUAGCUGACUAUGCGGUAUUGGCUUUGCUCAUUGUUGAAGGCCGUACGGUGACCUAUGGUUGUUAAUUUCUGUGUCAUUUGGUCUCUUGUAGAGAGUUGUCUCAUUGGCAAUCGUUAAUGUUGAAAGUGACUUAUAGACCCAAAGGGUCGGGUGUUCUAAUUAUUGUUUUUAUAUUUCACUGUAUUAUAUUAUAUUUUGUGAAAAACAUGUCACUAUGAUAAAUAAUUUACUUACUUACUUUCUUACAUACCACGGUACCUCUUCUUUUUUUAUAAAUGUUAUAAACUUCACGACUGUGGUGUAUGAGAUAAAGGGUUAAGCUAGCUUAGUAAUUAAAAAAAAAUGUAAGGGUUACGCGGAACACAGUGUCUCGCCUACUUUAUGAAGCUAAUAAUGUUUUAGGAUUGUAUGUAAUGUUAACUGGAAGAAAACUGUGUACAUAAUUAAGUAACAUACGGAACAAGUUGCUUUCUUUAAAAAAAGAAAUGCAAUCGUAAACCUCAAUGCUUGUUUGGCAUUAAAUAUAAGAUAAUUGUUUAAUAAAGAUGCAUUGAUUUACAUUAUUUUUGUUGUAUAAGAAUAAGAAACUGACAUUGAUUGUUAAUGUAACUACUGUUCAAUGUGAGGUGAGAUAUUCUUGUUAAAGGAAUCAUUUUUUUUAUCUCCUCUCCCCCGAAAGACAACA